GACUCACCCAGAUGUUAACACUUGAGUUUGAAAAUUUUCUCAUCUACAGGCCCCGCAGGAAGCCCCUUAGGAAUCAUAUAUAAGCUAGUGAUAUACUAGCUGUUGUGUUUUCCCACAAAAUCUUUCUCAGACUUGCAGCCUCUCACAAGUUAAAGUACAUGUUCUGGCUAGCUAUUGAGUCCUUAUUUUCUGGAGGUGUUCUUCGCAGUUCUUAGAGGAGAUGGCAACAUGGAAUGGUGUAGGUCAAGUGGCCAGUGUUGCGCAACUAGCAGGGAUAGAUGCAUAUGGGCUGAUCAAGAUGAUUGUGGAGGCAGUGCAGACCGUUAGGAGGAACAAGGAGACCUGCCAAAAGCUCGCGCGACGCGUCAAGAUGAUAGGUGACCUUCUGCAGGAGCUUCAUGAGGCACAACUGAUGCAACACCGAGAUACGAGGAACCCAGUGGAUCAGCUGGAGGAGACACUUCGGCGAGCUUUUAUGCUUAUCACAACCUGCCAGGACAGCAGCUUCAUGUAUCACUGCUUCACCGGAGGUAAUCAGGCUUGCCAGUUACGUGAGGUGGAGAAUGAUAUCGCCUUCUACCUCCAGAUUUUCCCCCUUGUGAGCCAUGUUGAUACUUCCCGUACCUUGGUGCUGCAUUUGAGCAGAGGUCAACCUUCACCUACAGAGGAAUAUGCAGAGGAGGCGCAGAUACUAAAAGAUGAUUCAGGCCAUGCAACUUCACCUAGGAUUGAAGCCACAGCUGAGACAGUUGAAUCAAGACUUCAGGGAGUAAACAGGAAUUUGCCAGGAAGCAAUAUUUUUUAUGGAUCACAAAAAAGCAAGGUUAAACGGCUUGCUGUGGGCAAGGACAUACUUGUAAAACUAUUCUGUGCUGCAAGACGUUCAAGAUUAUUGCUGUUCAAUCUUUCUCAGGUCGAAAAGUAUACAGAAAAUUUCAAAUGGGAUAAUGUGGUUGGAUGUGGUGCUUUUGGCUAUGUUUACAAGGGAAAUCUACCUAGCGGGAUUGAGAUUGCGGUCAAAAGAUUUGCAACAUCAUCAACUCAAGGUUCAGCAGAAUUCUCUGCUGAGAUUGAAACAAUUGCAAAUCUUCAACAUAGAAAUGUAAUAAGGCUACUUGGGUUUUGCAUUCAAAGAGAAAAGGACUUUCUGGGAUUUCAGAUUCAGCAGGAAGAGAUGAUUUUAGUUUACGAAUACAUGCCAAACAAGAGCUUGGCCUCUUUUCUCUACAGCUAUACAAAGACGGGAGAAUCACUUAAUUGGUCUAAGCUCCUCGAUAUAAUUGAAGGGAUAGCUCAGGGUCUUGUUUACCUGCAUGACCUAUCGUCUCACCAAUGUGUUGUCCACAUGGAUUUGAAAGCCAAUAAUAUAUUGUUAGAUUAUGAAAUGAACCCUAAGAUUUCUGAUUUUGGGAUGGCUAGGAUAUUACCUUCUAGCGGGACUGAAGAGACUUUGGACACUGUUAAAGGCACAACUGGUUAUAUGGAUCCAGAAUAUAUCAGGUCUGGGAAAUUCUCAGCAAAGUCUGAUGUGUAUAGCUUUGGCAUCAUGAUUCUUGAGAUCGUAAGUCGAAAGAAAUGUCUUUCUUUAUUAUCCAAUGGAGAUAUGAUGGAUCUACCGACGCGUGCCUGGGAGCUAUGGAAAGCAGGAAAGCCCCACGAGCUUGCUGAUGUAUCAUCACCAAGUAAUGACCAACAAACGGCUCAGAUCAUCAGAUGCAUUCAUGUGGCACUGCUGUGUAUUCAAGAUUGUCCGAUGCACCGGCCUACCAUGUUGGAUGUGCUUCUGAUGCUACGCAGCGAGAGCUUCGCCAGCUUACCUACACCUAGCGUGCCAGUCAACCACACAGAUGAGCAUCAAGCUGAAGCCCUGACGCUCGAGGGUUUCUGGGAGGUGAACGUACCAUUACAACCUGUUGAGGAGAUGGUCACUUCGUAGUGCAGAGAAUUGCUGAUAAUCUCCGCACGCAUUUGCAGGAGAAAACGUAAAGUUUAACCCGUGUUGUAGAUGAGUAGACAGAGAAAGGAAAAGUUCGCUUUCUUCAAGCCAGGAAUGGUGCUUUUAUGGUACUACU